GCCCAGUAGCCAAGUCAGAGGCGAUAAUUUAUCGAUCAUCGUGGUAGCCAUGCGUUUUGUUAAACUUUUACUGGUGUUGUUUUCCUUUAAUCGCGAUUUAAGACCGCAAGUGAUGAGCUUCUCGCUGCAUGACUGCCAAGUGCACGGCUCCUUACUCACUGGCACAAAUCUGAAAGUGUUGUGUUACAAGAUGAACUUGGCCAAGGUCCCACUGUACAUCCCGACCAAAACAACAAACUUGGAUUUGUCCGAAAACACAAUAGCGAGUCUGCAGAAAUCCAGCUUCAGCCACUUAUCGAAACUACAAGUAUUGAACAUAUCGAAAAACAUCAUCGGCGAUAUUGCAGAACUGGCUUUCGGAAACGUAACCAAUCUAUCGCAUUUGGAUCUUGGGCAUAAUAAACUAAGGGUAUUAACCAAAAAUAUGCUGAGUGACCUGGGGAAUCUCAUAACAUUGUUACUGAACAACAAUAUGAUUCAAAGGAUUGAUCCUGAUGCCUUUUCCAGCUUGAUGAAUGUGAAACUGAUUAAUCUAACCUCUAAUAUGUUAAAUCGGUUGCAGGAAGUGAGCUGUGUAUUUAACGCCUUUGCUGCAGAGAAAUUGCAUAUAGGAGACAACGGUUUGAGCUAUUUCACCACCCAGAACAUCUCUUUUGUAUCGAGAACCGUAAUGGAACUAGAUGUUUCAAAGAAUCCUCUAAUAGCCUUCAAUGUGACAACGGGCGUUCUGGACGGUCUCCUCUCUCUGGAUCUCUCGCUCGUAGGGGGUAAUGAAUCUGUUGCAUUACACGUUGAAGACGGAUCUUUUUUAAAAAAGAUGAAGAAAUUAAUUUUAGGAGGAAUUCACAUGCAGUCAUCUGAGAUACGCGUACUUCUUGCAAGCAUAAAAAACGUGUCACUGGAGAACAUUCAACUGAACAAUUUGCGAUUGCAGCCAACAGAUCCUCUCCUGUUGGAAACCUGCAUUUUGCACCAAAAUGUAAAAGUUUUAAAUCUCAGCGGCAACAACUUGAACUCCUUAAAUAACGGUGCAUUUAAUUCAUGCCUACAUUUACAGCAUCUAGAUUUAUCACUGAAUAAAUUAGAGAAUAUUUCAAACUCUUUAUUCAACAAUUCCGUUUCUCUAAGGUUAUUGUCCCUGGCUCGUAAUGAAUUGACCGUGGUUCCCAGGGCCAUUUUGGGUGCGCGCGGUUUAGAAAGUCUGGAUCUCAGCUUCAAUCAGAUUGAACGAAUAAAUUCCCUCGAUUUCAUAUCCCUUGCUGAACUGAAGCAACUGUUUCUUGUUGGAAAUAAGAUCACGAAAAUAGAAUCAUCUUCAUUUUCUGGGCUUAUUCAACUGACAGAAUUACAAUUAGGUAACAAUUAUCUGCUAGAAAUAGACAAAUUCUCUUCCGCUCUGAAAAGGUUGGAAAUUCUUAAUCUUAGACAAAACAAAUUGAAUAUGAUUAAGAAGUACACAUUCAAUUACUUGGAAAAUCUACAUGAUCUCAAUUUGGUUGACAAUCAGUUAACGGACCUGCAAGACGCAAGUUUUGAAGGACUUUCGAAUUUAAAACAACUGUUACUGGGCUCGAACAAACUAACUGCUGAUACUCUGAGAAGCCAGGUGUUUUCACCACUUCAAUCCUUGAAGCAUCUUCAACUGUUUGGCAACCAUCUCGCUUAUUCAUCAUCACAAAAACUAAACAGAGCACCAUUUACUGCGCUGAAGUCCUUGCAAUAUCUUGAGAUAAACAGCCAGGCUCAUUAUGGUCUCAGGAAUUUUCCAGUAAACUUCCUCGAAGGGUUACAUUCUUUGAAAGAAUUACAUGCGGGAAAUAUUGUCAUUACUUUCAUGGAUUCCAAUACGUUUUGCUAUGCAUCAAACAUUUCUCUCCUGGACUUGAGUAACAAUGCUUUAAAAUUCCUUAGUUUCAAAUUGUUCUGGCAGUUGCCUGCCCUAAUCGAACUUCAUCUUAACAAUGCCCAGUUGCAAAACCUAGACUUCCUGGUACAUGCAAGGCUGAUCAAUUUGCAACUUAUUAGGGCAAAAGGUAAUCAAAUCGGUCUUGUGAAUCAAACACAUAUAGAAGCAGUACCUUCACUUCUAUUUUUGGACCUUAGAGCUAACCCUUUUAUGUGUGCAUGUGAUAAUUCUUGGUUUCAAAGCUGGUCCCUUUCCAGCAAUCAAACUCAAGUGAUAUACUUUGAUCAGUUCACGUGUGCUUACCCACCAAAUCUUAAGGGGAUGAAACUACUUAAUUUUAAUUCACACUCUUGUUUUAUCCAUUUUCAGUUUUUGCUUUACAUCUCAUCAUCUGCCGUCAUAAUAUUGACUUUAAUAGUAAGUUUUACCUAUCAUUGUUGGAGAUGGCACGUAGUAUAUGCCUAUUAUCUCUUCUUGGCCUUCAUAUAUGAAAAUAAUCGUAAGAGGGGACAAAAACAAAGCUACAAGUAUGAUGCCUUUAUUUCUUACAACACACAUGAUGAACAAUGGGUUUUAAACCAGUUGUUGCCAAAUCUGGAACACAACAAUGAAUGGACUUUAUGUCUCCACCAUCGAGAUUUCGAACCUGGAAGAGCAAUCAUUGAUAACAUUGUGGACAACAUUUAUCAGAGCAGGAAAACAAUAUGCGUUAUCAGUCGUCAUUUUUUGGAAAGCGAGUGGUGUUCCAGAGAAAUCCAGGUGGCAAGUUUUCGGCUUUUUGAUGAACGGAAAGAUGUACUGAUAUUGGUUUUUCUAGAGGACAUACCACCAGAUCUUCUUUCCCCAUAUCAUAGAAUGAGGAAACUGGUGAAAAAGACAACCUAUUUGCAGUGGCCUCAACAUCAAGAGGGGACAGCUUUGUUUUGGCAUAGACUUCAUACAGCAUUGAAAACAGAUGAACAGAUUCCAUCAAUAGUAUGAUGGAAAGAUGAAAACCCAGUACUUUCUGUGAUUGACUCACGUUUCCACCAUUAGUUUACUUUCUACAGUUGUUUAAUAUAGGAACAAAUAUAACUGUUAAUAUAACAUGUUAAAAUUUACAAACUAAAGUUGAAGUCCUUGCUAAGGUGGAUGGGAUAAAUUUCUGUAACUCACUGCCUAAAAGUAUUGAGGGAAUACCGUAUUUACACGAAUGCAGCACUUAGUCAUUCAUAGGACUGGAGUGUCAUUGGCAGGACCAUCAUUUAUUUCCUAUCCCUAACUGGCCUGGAGAAGGUGUUAAGCUAACUCUAGAACUUCUGCAGUAUAUGGUAUUUAGGUACACAUUCAGUGCUAUUAAGGAGGGCAGUUUCAAGAUUUUGAACCAUUGACAGUGAAAGUAGUGAGACAGUUCCAAGAUGACGGCUGACAGAGAAUUUGUAGGUGGUAGCUUUCUGAUAUAUCUGCUGCCUUUGUCCUUCUAAUGGCUGCAGGUUUGAAAGGUGCUGAUGAACAUGGCUUCCUGAGUUAGUGCAGUGCAUCUUGUAGAUGAUGUAACCUCCUGCUGCUGGGUGUCAGUAGUGGAGGGAAUGAAUGUUAAAUGGUAUGCUGUUUUGACUUAGAUAGUGAUAAGCUUCGUGAGUGUUGUUGGAGCCACACUCAUCUAAACAAGAACAAUAUUUCAUCAAACGUCAGUCUUAUGUUUUGUGGACAGGUUUUAGGAAAUUAGGAAGUUAACUAGCUAAUAGCCUCAGAAUUUCCAGCUUCUGAUUUAGACAUGUGACCACAGUAUUCAUUUGGCUAUUACAAUGACCAGCUUGCACUAAAGAUAUUUAAUACAUGUUGAUCUCAUCACACCACCACAAUCUCGAGAAUGAUUUUAUUCUUAGAAGUAAUUUACAGUAUUGUUAAUGUUGUUAUUGAGAACUUUGUUAUUCUUGUGUACAUAAAUCAAACAGAAUGUCAGUAAAUAUUUGCAAAUGCCAAUUCCUCUUUUUCAGUAAUUACGUUUCAAGCAAUCAUCUCAAUUUCAAUUACUCGCAAAUCUGAUUUAAUACUGUUUAAUUUACAGCAGUAGCUUGAGUUGUGAAACUGAAAAGGAGGUUGUUCAGAAAUUACAAAAUGAUUUAGACAAAACAUAAGCCAAUCAACAAACGAUAGACAGAAAAUGGCCACAAAGCUCAUGUUUGGUAUCAAAGGUCUGAGUUACAGGGAAAGGCUGGAGACAUUGAAUUCUGGCAGAGGACCAGCCAGAUGCUAUCUAACGAUGGCAUAUGAAAUGGUAUAUGAGAUAGAAUACUGGUUGUCUUGAGAAGGUGGUGGUGAAUAUCUUCUUGAACUGCUGCAGUUCAUUUGAUGCGGGUAGACACACAAUGCUAUGAAGAGGGAAUUCCAGGAUUUUGACCCAGUGACACUGAAGGAAUUAACACCUAAUACUGAAGCUAAUUCAUACACCCCCAUGUCUAUGUUUAUUGUCUCCAAGAUGGAUGAUUGUGGACAGUUUUUUUAAAAUUAGCAUUGUGACCUACUCAUUAAACAUUAAAUCAA